AUGUCAUAUGAGCCACCUUCCUCUCGCCUCAAGGCCCUUCAAGGCUCUGUAAGCGGCUUUCCGGAAGAGGACUUGCGCCAAGGAGGGCGCAAUAACGCUGGAUAUUUUUCCGUGAGACUGGAGCAAACCCUCGACAAAGGCCGAUACUGCAUCGUCAGAAAACUCGGAUACGGACAAUACUCGAGUGUCUGGCUGGCGCGAGACAAAGGGGAGGAUCGCUUUGUUUCUUUGAAGAUCUUGACCUGCGAAGCGACCAAGGCACUUUCAGGCACAUUACCAUUGUCUGACGAGCUCGGUCUGCUACAGAAGAUAGCCGACGGUGACCAAGGGCAUCCUGGAUUCCGACAUAACAUCAAGUACUACGGCUCGUUUGAAUUUCUGGGACCUUAUGGCAAGCAUUGCUGUGUGAUUACGGAGGUGCUCGGGUACAGCCUGGAGUAUGUUCGCAGACUGAACCCCAGCGGAGACCGCCGUGUGCAGACGAAUACUGUCAAGCGCGUCGUGAAGCAAAUUGUCCGACUCCCGGGAUCAGACACACGAGCUGUCGACGAACCCUUCAAUGUGCUAUCCUGCGGCACAGAGAUCAACCCGGCUGUCGUGCCCAUUGUGUGGCAAAUGCUGCCGCUAUCCACGGAGCCGUCCAUCCGGGAAGACCGCUUGGAGGCUGUGGUCUCCCACGUGGGACACUCACACGAGAGAGACCGUCACUUCCAGGAGGUCAUCCAGCCAGCGGCUCUGCGUGCAUCGGAGGUGAUCCUUGGCUACAGAUGGGAUUCGCCUGCAGAUAUAUGGAAUCUAGGGUGCAUUGAAGACCAUCUCGUGCGCAUGACGGAAGCGUUGGACACUCGCUUCGAUGUCGAGUUUCUCAGCAAAUGCAUACACAGGGACCAAUUCUUCACCGCGGAUGGCAGUUUCGCUCAUUUUGAUGCGCACAAGGAGCCGACGUGGACCAUUCGCAGGCUGCUAGAGACCUUCUCUCUCGAACAAGAUGAGGUUGAGAUUGUCGAGGCGGAGCGAUUUAUCCUCAGAUGCCUACGGCUUGUUCCUGAGCGUGCCACGGCCAAAGAUCUUGCCAACGAUACAUGGCUAGAGUAG